AUGGCUCGGGUUAGGAAGAUCUAUCUAGGCGGUGCGCGGCCGGGAUGGUCGGGGAACCCCAACGAGUCCGACGACGAGAGCUCUCUGGGGAGAUAUGUCACGGCCCUCACGCCUUUCGAAGACUCCCUGGAAUCUUCUCAGAGCUCUCAGCCUUCCGUCCCUGCCUCGGCCAAAUCCUCGGUGCGCGGUGACUCGUGGGAGACGUCGAACCCCAGCUCGGGGACGGCAGCCUCGAACGCCGCCAGCGGCAGCGCGCAGCAGCAGCAGCAGCAGCAGAAGCAGCAGCAGUCAGACUACUUCAAGCCUCGGGCUGAUCCGACGAGAGACAUCGUCCUCCCCGAGGGUUCCGUCAGACGUCCCACCGUACCGCAAUCGGCAGCUGAACGUCGGCAGCAGCAGCAGCAGCAGGAUGACGAGAUUGCACCUGCUGCACCCCACGUCGCGGCUCUUGAAAAGUCUCAGGCCCAGGCCCGGGCUCAUUUUCAGCAGCAGCAGCAGCAGCAGCAGCAGCAAGCCCGAGGAGUGACUGACGGAGGUUUCAUCCCCACCAACAAGGUCCACGUGACCAGCCAGAAGAGGGCGACGACCGAUGCCGAGAUCAGGUACGCCAGGCGCAAGCUCACGGCGCAGAAGUACGGCGUGACGCUGGGUCUGGUCGGCAUCAACGCCUUCUUCAUCUUCGCCUGCUGGUACUGGCCGCGGUACUACUACGCGUACCUGCCCUUCAUCUCGUUCCCCCUGGCUCUGAACUGCAUCAUGAUCGCCUCGCUCCUGCUGUUCAAGCUGCGCAACACCGUCUCGCCGGAGCGCGUCAUCGAGCCGGGCCACCUGGAGGACCUGGUGAUGAUCAUGCCGUGCUACAACGAGACGCUGGACGAGUGCACCCGGUCCCUCGACUCCCUGGUGGACCAGGUGGGCAUAGAGGACCACCGGCGCUGCAUCAUGGUCGUCUGCGACGGCCGCGUCAAGGGGCCGGGCAUGGAGAAGACCACGGCCGGGUACCUGAUGGAGGACAUCUUCACCCACAAGGCCCGCCACGAGCGCAUCCGCGACGCCUACCGCGGCUGGGACGGCACCAGCAUGCACGUCGAGGUGGCCCGGGGCCUGUACAAGGGCGUGCCCUACUACUGCAUCGUCAAGGAGCAGAACCAGGGCAAGCGGGACAGCCUGAUCGUGGUCCGAUCCUUCCUCUACAAGUACAACCACCGCCGCGAGUACCCGGACAUGAUCUUCUCCCGGUCCUUCUUCGGCUCCAUGUCCGGCUGGCUCGAGGCCGAGGUGGCCAUGGACAGGGUCGACCACCUGGUCGGCAUGGACGCCGACACCGUCUUCGACAAGGGCUGCAUCGCCGAGCUGCUCAAGGAGUCCAAGUACGCCGACACGGUCGGCGUGUGCGGCUACGUCGCCGUCGACUUCACGAGCUCCCGCUGGAACCUCUGGUCCCUCUACCAGCACGCCGAGUACUCCAUCGCCCAGGGGCUGCGCCGCCUCCACCAGUCCGUCGUCACCAAGAAGGUCUCGUGCCUGCCCGGCUGCUGUCAGCUGCUCAAGAUCUGCGACUACACCUGCGGCGACCUCGUGCUCGGCGAGAUGUUUGGCUACCAUCCUGCUCCUACCGACGGCAUGCUGAAGCAGAUCCGUGCCACGGCUUCUGAGGAUCGCAACCAUGUCUGCCUCAUGCUCACCACCCAUCCCAAGGCCCAGACCCGUCAGGCUCUAUGGGCCCGCGCCUACACCGACGUCCCCCACUCGUGGAGCGUGUUCCUGUCGCAGCGUCGGCGCUGGUCCCUGGGUGCGACGAGCAACGACCUCCUCCUGUUCACGUCGUGGCACUGCCAGUGGUUCGAGCGCAUCCUGGCCUUCUGCAACGUCAUGGUGUGGACGCUGAGCGUCUUCAUCGUGACCGCCAUCGGCUCCAUGAUCGUCGCCUUCAUAAGCCAGCCGUGGUGGAUCAUCCUGGCGUUUGCCAGCAUCAUGAUCAUCCCGCUGACCUACUACAUCAUCAUGGCCCUGUGGCUGCCGUCCAACACGCGCGAGAGCUUCCAGUACCUCGCCGGGCUGGCCAUCUUCACCGUGUGCGGUCCCUUCCUCAACCUGGCCGUCCUCGUCUUCUCGGUCCACAACAUGGACAGCUUCGGAUGGGGCAAGACCCGUGUCGUCAUCACCGAGGACGCCAACGACGCCGGCGCCGAUGCCGAUGGUGAGAAGACGCCGAAUAAGACGGAUGCCACCACCACCACCGGCACCGGCUCUGGUUCCGGUUCGGUCGACGAGGCCGCCGCCGUGGCUGGCCGCAAUGGCGGUGUCCUGAACGGAGAGACGACGACGGGCGAUUCCACCGCCAAGAAGAGCGGCAGCGUGGACAGCAGCGACAAGACUGACGCCAACUUUGACGAAGAGGCUAAUAUCGGUCUUGGGAGGCCGCAGCAGUCAGCUCCUGCUUCCAACCGCUUAUAA